AUGGCGGUGUUUCUGGUGAAUCUUACUGCGGCGUCUGUGUUGCAGAUCAGGAAGAACGACACGCUCCCUCUGGACAUGGCGCCUGACUCCAUCGACGACAUGUACGACGGCUGCCGCUCCGAGUCCGCGGCCAUGGUGGACCAGCUCGGCGUGCUCGAGUGGCACCGCAACAUAAACUUCAGUCUAGCUUGGGCUGGAGCGCAAGAAAAGGCCAAGAAACCAGUCCACGGACAUUUGGGAUGGGACCACGCCACGGCUAUACACAUAAUGACGGAUACCAACCUGCACACGGUCCGACAAGACUUCAAGACAGCGGUGCAGACGGGAAAACGGAAGUACAAGACGUCCGGAUUCCGAUACCAUUACCUCUACUUCCAGCUGACGGACGCCCUUCGCGUCCUGAGGCAGAACCAGACAUUGUGCAGGACCACCUACUUAAGGAAAGGGAAAUACUUCGAUCUGGGGGUUGUUGACAAAACGAUGCGUCUCGGCGCCUUCACCUUGAGCACUUCAAGCAAACACCUGGUCGGUUUACUUGGGGGUGUCUCUUGUUUUGAGAUCUGCACCUGUUUCGGCGCAGAGAUAACUUAUUACUCUGCUACGGACCAGGACAGGCAGGUGCUGAUACCCCCAUAUGAGGUUUUCAGAGUCACUGACGUCCUUCUAGAAACUCAGGGGUGUAAAGUGUUGUACAAACUACAGAGUACUGAAACACCCAGGAGUGAUUUAAAUUGUAAAUUAACCACAAGCAGAUUAAAGGCAUAUUUCAUAGCCGUCUCUGGGCAGGAGAAGGGAACUGGCUUCGUGAUCGUGUCCAUGUGUUUACUGAUACUGUUGGCUUUAAGCUCCCUUAUCCUUACAAAACGCAGGCAGAAACGAUUUGUGGCAGUGGUUUUGGGGACUCUGUUGGUGUUUAUGGUCAUUGUGGUUUCACGGAGGACAUGGAGGUGGCUAAAUCAAGGAUGA